UUGAAGUGUCAGAUCUCAUAAAAGUACACAUCAUUUUCCAUUUUUUUUCAAAUUAUCUUUAAAAAAUUGGUGCUAAGAACUUCAUUGAUAAACUUAUUUUAAAUUUGGACACAGCAGCACUAACAACGGUAUACAUACAAGUAUUACGAAGCAAUAAUAACUUUGCCUGUAUUUAAAUUAUAAAUAGCACUACUUGCUGAAGUGAGAGGCGGGAAAAAACAAAUAUUUUUUCUAUCAAUGGGCUUUCAGAACGUCAUAGUGGUCUAAAUGCCAUAUAACAUAUACAAGUAUACGUACGUUUCUCACAAUGUUUUCGAACUUGCAGAUAUUUUAUAAUUAUACAUAUACAUAUGUACACUAGUACAAGAUAUAUGAUCAACUAAUUGCCUGUUGUGUGAUUUUACUUCACGAGCCGGCGAGAUUAGCGCAGCGCACGUAGAACUACCUGUCGAUAAAUGAAGUCAUAUACUUGUAGAUUUAUCUGUGUGUAUGUGUGUAUGUAAGUGGAAAUGCAGAACUUAUUGCUAAAGUACUACGCUGAUAAGCGGCGUAGAUGACCAAGAAAAACGCGCAUACAAUGAGUAUCUCUCUCGACUGAAGCUUCCAAAAUAAAGCAAGAACGUCUAAAAAUAGUGAUAACAAGAAGGCUAUAAACAACUAUAACCGUCAAUUUGAGAGUACAGAUUAUACGCACAUAUGAUAUGAUAUAUGUAAAUAAGAGGAAUAUGCGCUCUCUGUGGCAUAAGCGAGGUGCUUGCUCUCAACACCCAGUAAGCAUUUAAGAGGCAAUUUGUGAAAUUUGGAAUUUUUUUAUAUAGAAAGCAUAAAGCUGAAGUAUAGGAAUUAUGUGGUAUUAUCAUCAACAGAGGUAUUAACGGGUUAUAUGGGUUUGUUCAAGCUAAAAACGACAAAUUUUAAUUUUUUUUUAAUUUAAAAAUUUUUUAAAAUUAGUAUUAUUCCAUGAGAGGGAAAAUAUUCAAACUUGGCUACGAUUCGGACCGAUUGCGUCAGUAGAACAUAAUUUAUUAAGUUUGCCACGAAAUUUUUAGCACCCGGAUGGCCCAUAUUCGUCUGUUUGUCCAUCCGUCCGUCUGUAUAUAUGCGAACUAGUUCCUCAGUUUUUGAGAUAUCGAGCUGAAAUAUUCCACACGUUCUAUUUUUCGCCGGAAACUGUUAAUUUGUUAGAAUCGUCAAUAACGGACUACUAUAAGUUAUAACUGCCAUACAUGCUGACCGAUCAAAAACAAGAUAAAUGAACCUGUGAAAGGUAUUAGAGCUACAAUGCAGCCGCUGUUAACUUUUUUCUUCUUUUAAGCUGCUAAAGUUUACUUUAAGCUAAAUAUAUCGCUUUUCAAUUCUAAUGCUCACUGGGUUAUCCACAAGCAAUUAACGCAAUACGCCGAUCCCGCCAGCACAAUCAACAAGGCUACGUGAGGCAGCGUGAGAUUAACAAUGCCGUCUAGCGACUCUUUAUUCGUCUGGGGAACGUCGCGCUACUCGGUUCGGUUUCGGCGCGCGUUUGUCGUCCGAAUUUGGAAUAUUUCGUUAAAUCAAAAUUACCAAAUAACACGCAGGUCUGUUGAAAACAUCGUCUUAGUUGAAAAAAAAAGAAAGAAUACUUUGAUCACGGCGUUGUCAAAGAGCUAUCAUGACUACUGACAGCGGUGCAACAAACAAUGCGGCGUCUGCGACGGUGCCGACGGAAAACGCAGACUCCACCAAAGUUGACGAUGACUGCACGUUGGAUGGCAUUUUGGCGCGUAUUGGGCAAUUCGGCCGUUUUCAGCUCUUUAACUAUGUGCUACUAUGCAUACCGAUGAUUUUCAAUGCCUUCUUCUCCAUUUCGUAUGUGUUUACGGCGAGUACGGUGGUGCACAGAUGUAACGUGACGCAGUGCGACAGCGCGUGGAGCGCCUACGAUGAACCAUGGCUCAACUACACCAUACCCAUGAAGGGCUCCAGCUAUGACCAGUGCUCACGCUAUGUGUCUAAUGGUAAUGCGGAACGUACAUCCACGAAUUACUAUGCAAAGCCCUCGAGUGAGUUCUGCGCACCGGCAUAUUUCAGUCAAAGUGUUACCGAGAAAUGUGGAAACGAUUUCAAGUUUCGCGAUACUGAAUAUACGAUAUCGAAUGAGUUUUCCAUCUUUUGCUCGAGCAUAUGGAUGCUGACCUUGGUGGGUACGGUGAAUAAUAUUGGACAGUUUGUGGGCAUACCAGUGGGUGGAUUUUUUGCAGAUCGUUUUGGUCGACGCACAAUGCUCGCCGUAGGCGGUUUCCUCAGCGCUAUUAUGGGUAUACUGCGCUCGAUAUCCACCAACUACUACAUGUUCAUAGCUUUCGAAUUCAUUGAUAUGGCUGUCGGUAGCACACUCUUUCCAACGGCAUUUCUGCUAGCCAUCGAAUUAGUGGGACCCAAACGACGCGUGGCCGCCGCCACUAUCAUAACCAUUUUCUAUUCGCUAGGUGAGGCGCUGUUGGGUGUUUUAGCGCAGCAAUUCCAAAAUUGGCGUGAUUUAUUGCGCGUACUCUACACGCCAGCGCUCUUACUGAUAGUCUUCCUUUUCGUGCUGCCGGAGAGUGUACGCUGGCUGCUGAGUCAGGGUCGAGAGGAAGAUGCUACACGCUUGUUGAAACGUGCCGCACGCAUAAAUAAACGUGAAAUACCAGAAAAUGAUCUGAAAGCUUUGGUAGCGGAAAACCAAGCGAAGCUAGCGCAGGCGCACGAAAGCCACUAUCCGAUUGUGAAAGCGUUGAAGCUAUUUCGUUGGCGUAUUUUGAAUUGUUGCUUCUGUUGGUUCACACACACUUUGGUAGCGCUGGGCCUGAGUCUUACCUCGGUCACGCUGGGCGGCAACAAGUAUACGAAUUUCCAAUUGAAUGGCUUGGUACAAGUGCCCGGCUUAAUUUUGCCACUACUGAUUAUGGAUCGCAUUGGGCGACGCUACUCGCUGUGUGGCUCUAUGCUGGUGUGUGCACUUUGUAUGGGCAUUACAGCGUUGGUGGGAGGAAAUCAUGAGGUUACCGAGUUGGUGCUCUUUUUAGUUGGCAAAUUUGCUAUUACAUGCAGUUUCCAGAUCUUAUACUUUUUCACUUCGGAAAUAUUCCCUACAAAUGUACGCAACAGUUUGUUGUCAUUUUGCUCCAUGAUUGGACGCAUCGGAUCGAUGCUGGCUCCACAAGCACCACUUUUGGCCAAUUACUAUGAGUAUGCACCACAAAUACUCUUUGCUAGCUUUGCCUUAAUUAGCGGUACAUUAACGCUGCUCUUCCCUGAAACGACUGAUAAAGUCUUACCAACAACGCUACAAGAUGCCGAGCAAUUGAAUGAUAAAAAGCGACAAAAUAAGGCAAAUAUUGUUGAAUGAGCUAGAUUGCACGUUGGAGUGAAGUGUUUUGCGAAUUGUUAUAUAUGUAUAUAGACAAAUAAACUUAGUAAAUUUUAUUAAAAUAAUCUAUAAUAUUUAGCACAUGUACAUGUAUACUUAAUUUAAAUGUGUAUUAAUGUAUAUUUUUGUAUGUGUAGAAAUCCAUUAUAGGUCAGUAGUGUAAUAUAAAAACUAGUAAAUAAAAUUGUUUUCGUUAAUAAAUAUA